UUACAUAACGCCCACAAUGCCCUUCGCCUUCCUCAAUGUGGCCCCAGCUCCAAGCUCAUUUUCUGGAGCUGGGGAAUCAUUAGCUGGGUUAGGAAAGGCCUGGACGAGGAGGUGGCACCUGUGGGAUGCCGAGAAGCUGUGACACGAGAUAACGUCACGCUGCCCCUCACCAUUACUCUGACCAGGGUUCGAAAGCCACACUUAAAAGCCCGCAGCAGACGUCCCUGAGCGGAGAUGGAGAAGUGCAAGGGGACGAGCGGCAAAAUGGCAGGCGCCGCCUCAGCUGACGUGAAGAUGAGCAGCUCAGAGGAGGUGUCCUGGAUUUCUUGGUUCUGCGGGCUCCGGGGCAAUGAAUUCUUCUGUGAAGUGGAUGAAGACUACAUCCAGGACAAAUUUAAUCUUACUGGACUCAAUGAGCAGGUGCCUCACUAUCGACAAGCUCUAGACAUGAUCUUGGACCUGGAGCCUGAUGAAGAGCUGGAAGACAACCCCAACCAGAGUGACCUGAUUGAGCAGGCAGCUGAGAUGCUUUAUGGAUUGAUCCACGCCCGCUACAUCCUCACCAACCGUGGCAUCGCCCAGAUGUUGGAAAAGUACCAGCAGGGAGACUUUGGCUACUGUCCCCGUGUGUAUUGCGAGAACCAGCCAAUGCUUCCCAUCGGCCUCUCGGACAUCCCAGGCGAGGCCAUGGUGAAGCUCUACUGUCCCAAGUGCAUGGAUGUGUAUACACCCAAAUCGUCGAGGCACCAUCACACAGAUGGCGCCUACUUCGGCACUGGUUUCCCUCACAUGCUCUUCAUGGUGCAUCCCGAAUAUCGGCCCAAGCGACCUGCCAACCAGUUUGUGCCCAGGCUCUACGGUUUCAAGAUCCACCCGAUGGCCUACCAGCUGCAACUCCAAGCUGCCAGCAACUUCAAGAGCCCAGUCAAGACAAUUCGCUGAUUACCCAUUCCACCUGUUCCUCGGUCUUUGACACCUCCAGUCCUUUGCUGCCACCCUUUCAGGAAUCUUCUUUGGUUUUUAGUUUAAAUUAAAGGAGUCAUUAUUGUGGUGGGAAUAUGAAAUAAAGUGGAAGAAAAGGACUUGA